UAAUGAGGAUCUUACAGCCAGAGAGACCUGCAAGACUGGCUUCUCGGAAGAAGAUUACACAGCAUUAAUCUCCCAGAAUAUUCUGGAAGGAGAGAAGCUACUGAAAGUCCAGUUCCGCAGCUGUUUGGAGACCCAGGGGACACGGUAUGAGACCAGCAGCAUGGACUUCAAAGUCGGGGCAGACGGGACGGUCUUCGCCACCCGGGAGCUGCAGGUCCCCUCUGCACAAGUGGCGUUCACGGUGACCGCGUGGGACCACCAGUCAGCUAAGCGAUGGGACACCGUGGUGCGACUGCUGGUGGCCCAGACCUCGUCCCCACACUCUGGACACAAGAAGGGAGAGAAGAACGUGGCACUGGGCCCCUCACAGCCUCCCGACGACACACUGCUGCCGUGGCCCCGGCCGCACGACUCCCACGGGCUGAAGCGGCAGAAGCGGGACUGGGUCAUCCCGCCCAUCAACGUGCCCGAGAACUCGCGUGGACCCUUCCCACAGCAGCUGGUGAGGAUCCGCUCCGACAAGGACAAUGACAUCCCUAUCCGGUACAGCAUCACGGGUGUGGGCGCCGACCAGCCCCCCAUGGAGGUCUUCAGCAUCGACUCCAUGUCUGGCCGGAUGUACGUCACCCGGCCCAUGGACAGGGAGGAGCGAGCCUCCUACCACCUGCGCGCCCACGCGGUGGACAUGAACGGGAACAAGGUGGAGAACCCCAUUGACCUGUACAUCUACGUCAUCGACAUGAACGACAACCGCCCCGAGUUCCUCAACCAGGUCUACAACGGCUCUGUGGACGAGGGCUCCAAGCCAGGCACCUACAUCAUGACGGUCACAGCCAACGACGCCGACGACAGCACCACGGCCAACGGGAUGGUGCGGUACCGGAUCGUGACCCAGACGCCCCAGAGUCCCUCCCAGAACAUGUUCACCAUCAACAGCGAGACCGGGGACAUCGUGACAGUGGCAGCCGGCCUUGACCGAGAGAAAGUCCAGCAGUACACGGUCACCGUGCAGGCCACAGACAUGGAGGGGAACCUCAACUACGGCCUGUCCAACACAGCCACGGCCAUCAUCACCGUGACAGAUGUGAACGACAACCCGCCCGAGUUCACCACGGGCACGUUCUCCGGGGAGGUCCCUGAAAACCGGGUGGAGACGGUGGUUGCAAACCUCACUGUGGCGGACCGAGACCAGCCCCACUCGCCAAACUGGAAUGCCGUCUACCGCAUCAUCAGCGGAGACCCCUCCGGGCACUUCAGCGUCCGCACAGACCCCGUCACCAACGAGGGAAUGGUCACCGUGGUGAAGGCGGUCGACUACGAGCUGAACAGGGCCUUCAUGCUGACCGUGAUGGUGUCCAACCAGGCGCCCCUGGCCAGCGGCAUCCAGAUGUCCUUCCAGUCCACGGCGGGCGUGACCAUCUCUGUCGUGGACGUCAACGAGGCCCCCUACUUCCCCUCGAACCACAAGCUGAUCCGCCUGGAGGAGGGUGUGCCCGCCGGCACCGCGCUGACCACCUUCUCGGCAGUGGACCCCGACCGGUUCAUGCAGCAAGCCGUGAGAUACUCGAAGCUCUCGGACCCGGCGAACUGGCUGCGCAUUAAUGCCUCCAACGGCCAGGUCACCACCGGGGCCGUCCUCGACCGCGAGUCCCUGUACGUCAGGAGCAACGUCUACGAGGCCACCUUCCUGGCAGCCGACAACGGGAUCCCCCCGGCCAGCGGCACCGGGACCCUGCAAAUCUAUCUCAUCGACAUCAACGACAAUGCUCCGGAGCUGCUGCCCAAGGAGGCGCAGAUCUGCGAGAAGCCCAGCCUGAGCGCCAUCAACAUCACCGCGGCCGAUGCCGACGUGGACCCCAACGUCGGCCCCUACGUCUUCGAGCUGCCCUUCGUGCCGGGCGCCGUGCGCAGGAACUGGACCAUCACCCGCCUCAACGGUGACUAUGCCCAGCUCAGCCUGCGUGUCCUGUACCUGGAGGCCGGGGUGUACGACGUCCCCGUCAUGGUCACCGACUCCGGGAACCCGCCCCUGUCCAACACGUCCGUCAUCAAAGUCAAGGUGUGCCCGUGUGAUGAGAACGGCGACUGCAGCACCGUGGGCGCAGUGGCGGCGGCAGGCCUGGGGACGGGCGCCCUGGUGGCCAUUCUCAUCUGCAUCGUCAUCCUCCUGACCAUGGUCCUGCUGUUCGUCGCGUGGAUGAAGCGCAGGGAGAAGGAGCGCCACACGAAGCAGCUGCUCAUCGACCCCGAGGACGACGUGCGCGACAACAUCCUCAAGUACGACGAGGAGGGCGGCGGCGAGGAGGACCAGGACUACGACCUGAGCCAGCUGCAGCAGCCGGAGGCCAUGGAGCACGGGCUGAGCAAGGGCCCCGGGGUACGGCGCGUGGACGAGCGGCCUGUGGGCGCUGAGCCCCAGUACCCGGUCAGGCCCGUGGUGCCCCACCCAGGAGACAUCGGCGACUUCAUCAACGAGGGGCUUCGAGCAGCCGACAAUGACCCCACGGCACCCCCCUACGACUCCCUGCUGGUCUUCGACUAUGAGGGCAGCGGCUCCACGGCCGGCUCCGUCAGCUCUCUGAGCUCAUCCAGCUCAGGGGACCAGGACUACGAUUACCUAAACGACUGGGGGCCCCGGUUCAAGAAACUGGCAGACAUGUAUGGAGGCGGCGAGGAGGAUUAACUGACCCCACGUCCUCGGACCACGCUGAGAACAGCACCUGGACGCCGGCGGAGCGGGACUGGACAGAGCAGCCGGUGGCCCGCCGUCCCUGCGGACGUGUCAUUUAGUGGUGUGUUAGGAGGUCCCUCCCCAGCCCAGCCCUCCCCGACAUCGAGCCGUCUAGCAUGAACUCACCCCGCGGCGCCCUGCACGCGGCGGCCGCUGUCACAGCGCUGACCUACCACUCCCAGAGAGCGAGGGGCACUGUCUUAACUUGAAUUUCCUAGUACAGAAGCACUGUUGUAAAAAUGAAAGUGCCUUUUGGUACACGUAUCAGAUUCCCUCAAACUCAGGAGUGACCGAGGCAGGCAGACCAAGGUCCCCACUGCACUCCAGCCCCAAGGCCCGGCCAGCUCCAGCCCGAAGCCUCUGGACGGGAAGGGUCACGUGUCCGUCUUCCCCACCCCUUUUUUCUUUGUCUUUUAUUAAGAAAGAGAAAGCGGGUGCCCAUCUUAGAAACAGCCUGGGGUCCACCCCCUGCAGAAUCUGCUCUAAGUUCUCUCCUGGGUCCCCUUGGGGUGCCCCAGGCCAGCAGGGGAGACGUAGCCUUCAGCAGCAGGAAGUCCCCGAGGUGGCCGAGUCCCUGCCAACCAAAGGCAAGACUGUGACCUGGUUUUCACGAAGUCCCGACUCCCCACUCCCAGGCAGCGGGACUGGCCGGGCGGGUGGGGUUCCAGGCAAGUGUGCAGCUCUCCUCUCUGCCCUCAGGCGCCCUAGCCACCGUAAGAACUCCCUUAGGCCACCUGUCACCAAAUGCCACCUGGCCUCCUCUGCCUGUGGUCCAGGAGGGUACGCUGUCCCCAAAACCAGCCAGUGCCCUGCAGGGCCUUGGCAUGAGCCUCUGCCCGGCGCUCACACAGCAGGAGCCCUGCUGAUGCCGGCAGCAUACGCCCCCGGGCCCCGGCAUGCCCUCCACCUCAACUGCACAGACGCCAGGGAGCCGACGCACCCCCGGCCAGGCCGGCAGCCGGCCUCCCAGCU